ACCUCUGUGGGUGGAGUUCCCGGCAGAAGAGAGCACCUUCACUGUGGACAGCCAGUAUAUGAUUGGAGGAGCGCUGCUUGCCUGUCCUGUAACUGACGCAGGUGUUCAGGAAGUCAGAGUGUUUCUCCCUGGAUCCGGUCAGGUUUGGUUUGAUGUCCGCUCUGCGACGGCGUUUAGAGGAGGACGGACUCUGAGUCUUCCCGUCACGUUGGACACAGUUCCUGUCUUCCAGCGCGGCGGCUCGGUGGUCUGCAGGUCAACAGGAAGUGGCUCCUGUACGGCUGAACUCCAGCAGCUGCCGCUCUCCGUCACUGUGGCCCUCGACUCUCAG